AUGGCCCAGCGCUCUCUCUUUGUCUUCUUCUUCCUUGAUUUUCUUGCUUUUACUCACGGCCAAUCUAUCUCAACAUCCAUAACAGUCCCGCCUCUUCAAUGGAUCAAUCUCACUAGCCUCCUCCAUGGUUCUACAACUCCUCCAGCUCUCAGGGAUGCCUCUAUUGGAUACGACGAGACAAGCCGUAACGUUAUUAUUUUUGGAGGAGAGUCCGAAGGUGGUUUUGCGCAGUCGCAGACUUACCUCCUCAACUUGGAUUCUCUCUCCUGGUCUGUCCCAGACCCACCAACAUCUCUGCAGAGCACACCGUCUGCCAGAAGUGCCGCCAUUGCUGGCUGCGACUUUGCUGCAAGCAAUCGUCAUGGUUUCGUAGUUGUGGGCGGUAAAGGCGAUAAUUCCAAUCCACUGUCUGAUGUUUGGGAAUUCGACUUUACCAAUCAAUUCUGGGCUCAGGUCUCAGUGCCUGAAGGUGGUCCGUCUGCCCGGUGGGGUGCUGCAGGUGGAAUAGAUAUUCGAACAAGUCCUGUUCAGGACCCCGUUGUUGCUGGUCCGAAUAACACCAUCUAUCUGGCGGGUGGCACCAAUGGUACUACGGUCAACUCUUUGUCAACUAUAUGGCGGUUGAAUAUCUCGGGCACGCUAUCCUCAAAUUUACCCAACGACAGUUCUGGCUACUGGGACCAGGUCACCAUCGGAGACCUUCCCUCCAGGACCAAUACAGGAGAUGCUGUUCUUUCUCAGCAAAUCAUUGCUAUUGGUGGAUGCGAUUCUGAUUCUGGUGAUGCAUCUUGCGUUAAGCAGGACUCAUACGUGAUAAACGCCCAGACACGUACACAAAUUUCUCCCAGCGGUUGCCCUGCCCCCCGAAUAAAUCCAGUUGUCGUCCCAAACACCAAUGGCGCUUCUACUAGCUUCUCGUCUCAAAUAUUUCUCCUUCUAGGAACCAUUAAUGAGACACUUUGGUCGGAUGACGGUGGGCUUGAGAAAGGCGAAGUUGCGAUAUUGGACGUGAAUACAGGUUCUUGGAGUCGUAUUCUUCCAUCCGGGGACCCUGGGAACUCUGGGACGCAAGCUUUCCCCAGUCCCCGACAAGGAUCAUCUGCGUUUGCUUACUCCCAAGCUCUUGUGGGUGGGUCGCGGAGUAGUGCCUCAGAUACCAUUAUCUUCGGCGGUCAGGAUGCAUCCGGCCAAUAUCUUUCUGACGUCUGGAUUCUGAGAGCAUACUCUGGAACGAUCACAUCUUCGAAUCUCCAGUGGUCUGGUUACGGGACUGGUGCUCUGGAGACUGGCGUUAACGCUAGCGGUGCGCACGUCAGCGUUGAAUAUAUGACCAAGUGUGCAUCUGCCCUGUCCACAGUUUCUACCUCUAGUUCUAGCAGUGGCAGUAAACCAUCUUCCAGUUCCACCUCCACCUCCCCGUCAUCGCCUUCCAGUUCCUCCACUACACUACCCCUCUACGACACGUCAUUCUACCACAAGCUAUUUGCUCCGUUGUCGCUAACAUUAUUUCUGCCUGCACUCCUGCUUUUCCGCACCUUCUCCUCCUCGUUUAAUGAUGAUGCGACACCGAUGAAGGCAACGCCAUGGAUUUACCUGUCCACUAUACUCAUUAUCGCGUCUUACGGAAUGGGUAUAGCGGCGUUAGCCUUGUCAUUUACGAUGAUAUCCACGGCCCGCAGUUUGACCAAGCGUGGCUCAUCAUCUUCCAUCAUCCUGAAGACAGGUCAUGGGCAAGCAGGCCUAACAUUUUUCAUCGGCCUCUAUGGGUUGGUACCCAUCUUGGCAUUUGUCUCGGUCUAUCUGAGAAGACGGUCAGGAGGUUCUUCAGGCAGGACGGAGAUUCCUAUGGAUAAUGACCAAUACCAUGACCACACGAACUCUGAAGACUCCGGGGAGAAGGCCGCUACAUCAUCCCGUGAUCCCAACGCAAGCAUUACGCAGAGUGGUUUGGACCCCUCUCGGCCGGGUUCACCUCGCCCGCGGAGUCAAUCUCUCAACACCUCGAAUAUGAUGAGGGCCAGCAAUGACGGUCGUCCUUCAAGUGCAAGCGACAGCGACUCAUUUGCCUCGGGAGGUCCUCAGCGCGGCUUCGAAGUUGUCAACCGACCGACUCGUCGUCGCAAGCCCAGCGAGAGCUGGCUAAACAUUCCCCCAGUAGAUGCAUCUCAGCAUGCUCAGCGAACCCUAGCCGAUAUAGAUUGGCUCCAGCGCAGACGAAGCUUGAACGCUGUGGAUGAACUUGACUACGCUAUCACUCAAGUGAUAAGAGCUCAGCAAGCACCCUCAAAUCCAGGCGCUACUGACAUCCUCGUACCUUCUGGACCCUCACGACCAACGAAGUUUCCCCCGCUUAUUGAAACUAUCGUACAUGUCCUUCUCCAUAUGUUCCUCCUAGGUUUAUGUAUCGUUGCUCUUAUCGCUCUGUGGUCUCGAGCACCACGAGCCAUUUUCGCCGUUUUCUUAGCAUGGACUGCAUGUUUCUAUGCUGCUCUUAUUCUUUUUGCCUGGCAUGGCCGACCCCGAUACUCUAUUCUUGCUGUGGUAUUCUCCCGACUUCGAUCCCAAAGCUAUCACCCAGCCGCGGUUUCAAAUCCGUCGACUCCCAAUCGUCCAAAUAGUGAUGGUGUUAGGCUUACCAACGACAGCCCAUACUUGCAUCAACCCUCCUAUCGCCCCGUUGCCUCUGAUGUGCAUGACGGGACUUCAUAUACCCAGGGCCCUCGAAGUACGGAUACAGAUGAUGAUGAUGACCACGAUGAAGAUGAAGACACUAGGCAGCAGCGGAUAGAAAACGAGAUAGGACGGCGCGAGGUGUCGAUUGUCACCGUCCCCAAGCGCAAGCUAUGGAUCACAAAUCCGUCUUGA